CAAGUCAGCAAUGAUGAGGAACGUCAAUAUUUGAUUCCAAGAGGCCGCCGUAGAAUGUCUGAUGCGUUCUUUGCAAAUCGCCUCACGCGCCGUGAGCGUGUUGCCAUUCGAGCCUCGGAUCCUCGCCGCCGGUGAUGCGCUACAUCCGAGCAUGCGGGUGUUAUAGGUUGGGUCCCCAGAGAGCUGGACCUUGACCGCGUACUGCAGUCUCGAUGAUGCUUGACCUUCCGGACACUUCGCCUUUCCUACGCCUGCUGGCCUCGGCAGCUCUGGUGGCUGCACGGUCGUAUGUCUACCGGUGGUCCGCGUCUGAGGAGGAUACAACUGUAGCCAUACAGGUUGUCGAUGGACGGAGCCAGGAGUCUACCAUCACCUCCUACGAAUUCUUAGUGUCGCCCAACUUCGCGAUCGCAGAGCUGCUCGAUGCUGCUAGAUCUGCUAUUGCCACCAUACUCUCCGCCAUUGAUGAGGACCGUCUUACCGUCUUCAUAUCCCACUCCACAUCCGAUGCCGAUCUCUACCUCCUUGCGCCAGCCCGUGCUGCUGUCGCGGUGCUUCCUGCCGAGGACGAGGCCCCUCACUUCACGGCUCUACACGACAACUUCUGGGCUGACCGUUUGUCUGCGGCAUACGUCGCAAUCUCCUCGACCUCCAAUCUCUCGACCCUACGGUCCAUCCAAGUAGUCGCGGAAGCCGAGGAGGCAGCUCUUCUCACUCUCGGCCAAAACAACCUCCCCUCCGAAGUCACGCAUCCAUGCAUCCACCACUACUUCGAGGAGAUCGCGUAUUCCUCCCCACACCUCCCCGCUCUAUGCUUUGACGACCCAAGCGGCAGCGUCAUUCUCACGUACGGAGAGAUGAACCGGCGCUGCAGCGCACUCGCCGCCUAUCUCGCUUCCACUCGCGGUAUCGGGCCUGGGAUCAUCGUGCCAAUCUUCUUCAGCAGAGGCAUCGACAUGCUUAUCGCAAUCUUCGCGGUGCUCAAAGCGGGCGCUAGCUACGUCCCGCUCGACCCGGAUCAUCCUGCGGAGCGGACUGCAGUCAUAGUCGACGCCGUCAAGGGCACCGUGAUCUUGACGGAGUCCAAGCUCCUCGAGGACGCUCGUUCUCGAGUGACUGGCUCUAUCGCAGCAGUCGCUAUAGACACCCUUCAGUCCCUUGAGGUCCCUGACGAAGGGUUUUCAGGCCGUGGAUCCGGAGAUGAUCUCGCCUAUGUCUUGUUCACAUCUGGUACUACGGGUGUACCGAAGGGCGUCAUGGUGCACCACACGGCUGUCGUGAACACUACCAUUGACGGCCCGCCGCUGAACCAGGCGCUUCGGAAACGAGAUGGGCUGCGCACUUUCAUGUUUUCAAACUACGCGUUCGACGCCUCCAUCUGGGACAUGUUCAUCACGCUUAGCUCGGGAGGAUGCCUUUGUCUUGCGACGAAGGAAGCAACGAUGGACGACCUCGCCGGCGUCAUGCGUCGCCUCUCCGUUAACUUUGUCAUGACCACGCCUACCGUCCUUUCCAUCCUCGAGCCUGCAGACGUUCCAUCGCUCGAGGUCGUAUACAGCUGCGGCGAGAUGCUCACGCCAGCGGUGCGCGACCGCUUCACGCAGGCGGGCCUGACGCUGGGAAACGUAUACGGCCCGACCGAGACGACAGUCUCGUGCACGUUCGACGUCGUAGAGGAUGCAACGAAGGAUCCGACGGUCAUCGGAAAGCCGUUCGGAUGGAGUCGAGCGUACAUUUUGGACGAGAACCUCAACAUGGUCCCGCACGGUGCUGUCGGGACGCUCUGGAUCGCCGGACCGCAGCUGAGCAAGGGAUACUUAGCGCGGCCAGAGCUCACUGAGGCGUUGUUCCGCCCGGAUCCAUUUGCCCGCGGGGACCAGGUGGGACAGUUGAUGUACAACACGGGGGACCUUUGCGCGUGGGUGCAGGACGGAUAUCUGAAGUGCUUCGGGCGAGCGGACGAGCAGAUGAAGAUCCGUGGGCAGCGAGUGGAGGUGCUCGAGAUUGAGGCUGUGAUCUCUCGCGUCCCCGACGUGUUCGCUGCCUGCGUAGUCAAGCGCGCGCAUGAUGGACGUGAAGACUUGGUCGCUUUCUACUGCGUGGAGAGCUCUUCGAUGGACCUCGCUACUGUCAAAGAUGUCAUCUCGGAGACUGUCUCACACCACCUUCCUGUUUACAUGCGUCCUUCUACCUUCAUCCACCUCGAUAAACUUCCUGUUACACCGACGGGCAAAGCCGACCGCCGCCAACUCCGCCAACGCGCAGCGGAGCUCCAGCUCGUGGUCCCGGUUGUUCAGGAAAACUCGGCAGUGCCGCGCUCAGCGACGGAAGAACUCGUCGCCCAGUGUUGGUCAGCUAUCUUGUCCAUUCCGCCCAACAUCGUUCCCUCGACACGCGAGUUCUACGAAUGUGGCGGCGACUCCAUCUCAAUCAUUCGUCUUGCCGCAGCAUUGCGUGAGAAGGGCCUUCAGCUGAAGACGAGCGAUCUCAGGGCGGCGACAACUGUGACUGCGCAGGCCGCGUUAGCGCUCGAGCGGAACACGGACAUUAGAGUUGUAGAGGCGCUGGUCUACAAGCCUUUCUCACUAAUCUCCGGCACCACACUCUCACUGGAGAACAUCGCGGAGCUUGUGGGGCGCACUGCCGACGACAUUGAAGACUGCUACCCGUGCUCGUCUACGGUCUCUGGCCUUGUCUCCUUGGCUGCGAGUAACCCGCAAAGCUACUUUGCCCAGCACGCAUUCCGAAAGCCCGGGAGCUACAACGCCGAUAACCUUCAUACCGCGUGGAAAACGGUUGUUACCCGUCAUCCUAUCUUGAGAACCGCUUUCAUUGUUCCGCCGGCCCCUGCAACUGAGAUUCUGCAGGUUGUGCUCAAGGCCGAGUGCUUUGACCUGCAGUGGACUCGUCAGCAACACGUCAACGAGUCGAGCCUGGAGCGCCCUCUGUCUCGCCAGUCUGGUUUCCACCUUGGCGUAGUGCCGACGCGCGUGGCGCUCUUGGAGGACCCUACGUCGAGCACCAUGGUCCUUCAGAUCCAUCAUUCCCAGUACGAUGGCUGGAGCCUUCCUGUGAUCUUGAACGAUCUUCAGGAGGCGUACGAGUCACUGCAGGCUGCAAGCGAUCUUCGUAUCACUUCGCCUUCACUUCCUUACAGCGAAUUUGUGCGUUGGACUCGCCAGCAGAACUCUAUUGAGGCCCUCCAGUUCUGGACGUCCGAGCUCGAGGACGCCGCCCUCCUUUCCUGGCCCAAGGUCCCGCACGACUCGGACGGCAUCGCCACUGACAGCCUGGUGUCCGCCACGUGGACCCCUCCGAAUGCCUUCAACGUCGCCAAGUUCUGCAGCGAGCACAAGGUGACCGCAUCCAGUCUACUUCGCCUCGCCCUCGCGGUAGUCCUCGGCAUUCACGGCAAUACAGAUGAUGUCCUGUUCGGCGUCGUCACCUCUGGGCGCUCAGGCGACCUGCCCGGCAUCGAGAACGUCGUGGGUCCCUGCAUCGCCACUCUUCCCUUCCGCAUUCGCCUCCCGCAUACGGAGUCGCUUGAAUCCAUCUUGGAUGUCGUGCAAAAGCGGUCUUCCGCAGCGUCCGCUUACGAGUACGUCGGCCUCGCGGACAUUAUGAAGGCGAGCUCGUUCUCGCGUUCCCGGAGCAUCUUCCAAGUUCUCCUCACGGUCGAGAACAUCCCAGAGCUUGACCUCCACGCGCAUCCGCUUUUCGGAAAAGACGUACAUGGGCAUCAGAUGGAGAUGAACUACCCCCUCGGUGUCACGGUCUUCCUGCUUCCGCAAAACGAGGGCUUCAAGAUCGACAUCGAGUAUGAUUCGCACCACCUCACCUCGGACGAUGUCCGCUGGUUCAAGUCUCACUUGCUUGCUACGCUCGACGCCAUCCUUUGCGCCCCGGGCUCGGCGCUCGCUGACAUCGACAUCAUCGCGGACGACGAGCGCGCGUUCUUGCAACGCGUCGGCAUCGGGCUCUCCCCCGAUCCGACGCUCGCGUCCGAGCCCUUCGUUCAUCGCCUCAUCGAGAAAACGGCGCAAGCUCAUCCCGACUGCGUCGCCGUCGAGCAUACGAGUGGCCGUGUGCUCACCUACGCCGAGCUCGAUGCGCUCGCCAACCAAGUGGCGCAUGGGCUGCUCGCUCGUGGUAUAUCACUCGAGACGCCAAUCCCUGUUCUGUUCAACAAGGAUGAGGACCAGACCGAGGCCGUCGUCGUGAUGGUAGCUCUUAUGAAGUCUGGCGCCGCGUUUGUGCCCCUGGACGUGUCGUGGCCGGAGGCGAGGAUCCUGUCCUGCGUGCGGCAGUGCAACGUGCCCUUUGUGGUGUGCGAUGCAGUUGUCCCAGAGGUCGCACGAUCCCUUCCUGUUCCGUUCGCGACUGUCGCAGAACUUUCUUCGGGGCAAGGGUCGGAGAAGUGCGUUCACGAAAAGCAGACACCUCGGUCAUUGGCAUACAUCAUCUUCACAAGUGGGUCCACUGGUGAGCCGAAGGGGGUUAUGAUCGAACACAAGAAUAUCAUGGGCUAUGUUGCAAACGGCACUACGGUGUACCCAAUCAACGACGUGAAGCGCCUACUCCACUUCAGUCCGUUCUCCUUCGACCAGGGCCUGGGUGAUAUCUUCAUGGCUCUCACUAAAGGAGCAACACUCGUGCUUGCCAACAUGAGCGACGUUCUGACCGACCUCUCGGACGUUCUGAACACUACGCGCGUGGACUACACGGUCCUCACACCCGCAAUCGCGCAGCUCGUCCGAAACGAUGUCGAACAUCCGCACUUGAAGAGUCUUCUUGUCGGGGGAGAGAAGCUUCCUGGACAGCUCGUUGAUAGAUGGAAAGGCAAGGUCGCGUUCAUGGAUGACUACGGACCUACAGAGGUGACCGUGAGCUGCGUAGGCAUGACGUUCACAGCGACCACUCAGGCCGCUGCUGGCGUUAUCGGGAGCCCAUACGGCGAUACGCGCGCGUACAUCGUCGACCCUGCACGCCCAUCUCGUCUCCUUCCCGUCGGCGCUGUUGGCGAGCUCUGCCUCUCCGGCAACCAGGUCGGGCGCGGAUACCUCAAUCGCCCCGAUAUCACAGCGGCGGCGUUUGUUCCCGACCCGUUCGCACCUGGUCUCACGAUGUACCGCUCUGGCGACCGUGCGCGUUGGACGAGCGACGGCUUUAUCGAGUACCUUGGCAGGCAAGACGACGCAUUCGUGAAACUGCGCGGUCUUCGCAUCGACACCGGCGAGGUCGAGGACGCGAUCACAGGCGCUGGAGACACGUUCGCCGUCGUCGAGCUCCUGGAGCUCAGGGACCAGCCGCAUCUUGUCGCAUUCAUCAGCCGUACGCUGGCACCUACAGGAGAGGCGGACCUCGCGCUCGCGUUCGAUCCGGAGUCGGGGGACGAAGAGACCGCAAGCGGUUUGCGCGCAUGGCUUGCAGACGUAGUGCAGUCCUGCCGCCAAGCCCUUCCCGCGUAUGCGAUCCCCACAGUUUGGCUCGCGCUGCACGCCAUGCCACAGAACGUGAACAGCAAGUUCGACAGGAAGCAGCUGCGUGCGUUCUUCCGGAAGCUCGACCCUGUACACGUCGAGACAUCCUCAGCGGCCCUGACGCAGACGCACGCCCCGCGCGCCGCGGAAUCCGCGCUGGAGCGUGCAAUCGCCCGUGUGUGGUUCAACGUCCUGGGACGCGUCGGAGACGACGCCGAAGGGGGGUUGUCGGUGCACGAUGACUUCUUCGCGCUCGGUGGCGACUCGAUCGGCGUUGUGCGGUUGCUCUCUGGUCUGAAAACGCUAGGGAUGAUGAUCUCGCUCAAGGAUUUUUCUGCAGGCCCUACAAUCGCUGAGGUGGCCGCGUACUUUGGGUCCUCUGCGGGAAGCACGUCUCCAGAGGCGUCUGAUAACGGCCUGCCCGCAUUGGGCAACGGGCUCGUGUGGCAGGUCCAGAAUUCCGAAAACGACGUCAAGAGUGCCACUCCUCUGUGGCUAAUUCAUGACGGUGCUGGGCUUGGGAAUGAGUACAAGAACAUGACGUUGCUCUCUCGCCAAGUUCAAGCGAUAUCCAAUCCGACAACGACGGUCGCCGAGCUUCGUGCACAGUUCCCUUCCUGGGACAGCUACAUAUCGGCAUACGCGCCCCUCAUCCCUGCGGACGAAAAUGUAUACCUCGGAGGAUGGAGCUUCGGUGGCGCGGUCGCGCUCUCCAUCGCCGCGCGGCGUCUCGCAGCUGGUCAGCCCGUUCGGGGGGUCGUCCUCGUCGACAGUUUCAACACGGCCGGCUGGCAGUCGCUUAAGAAGGGUAUGUCGCCGGCCCCGGAACUCGCUCACGAGAAGCUGUCGGCAGAUGCGUUCGCCGCGGCCCACCAGGAACACAUGGACGACAUCGUGGGGCAGUUCCAGAACGUGCCGCUCGCAGUCCCAGUCUUGCUCGUGCGCGCGGGGAACGGGAUGGGCGUCAAGGACAUCGAGAAGGCAGGCUUCCUCGUGCCGUACGGCUACCUCAGCCCCGACGCAAAGCGCAGCGUGGACAGCGGGAUCGCAGGCCUCGACGUUGGGGUGGAGUCGCAUGAAGGUGCUCAGAUGGAGACGCGCGCGGAGGAUCUGAACUUCUGGAGCAGGAGCGCGCUUCCUGCGCUCGAGGUGGUGACGAUCGAGGGCGCGGACCAUUACAGUUUGAUGAGGGACGGCGCGCUGUGUGCGCAAGCAUCCCAGGCGAUUGAGAAGUGGCUCGCUAAACUGGAGGCAUAGAUCACGUUCGCGAAUAUAAC